AAAAAACGUAAAAAUGUACAAAAUAUAAUUCACCUUACUUAAAGUGUCAUCUACAGUAUUUAACAAUUAAAUAGUUCUACGCAUUGCAGUUUGAAAUAAUUAAACUGCAAAAUUUGACAUUUCUAAUGAAUUUUAUCAGCAGUCAAAUCAAACUCUUAAAGUCGCUUGACCCAUUUGAUUAAGUGUGAUGAAGCUAAACAGCUGUCCAGCUGGGUCAGACAUUACUUGGCAACAUAUGGUUGUUAGAUAACCCCAUGCAGAACUGCCCUCGAUUUUGUUUCUGGAAUUUGCGACGUAGUGAGUGCUCUGUCGUCGCUCUCUCCUCUCCAUCAGUACGUGCUGCCCGUGUGUCACGCUCGGAAUCCAGACAGCUAGCCUCCGCCCUGCCUCUUUAAAUAGACCUUCCCAUCUCUAGGACUACUGUUUUGAAACCAAACGGUGCGCAGGAGCUUGGUUUUCUUUCAGGGUGUGGACAAACUAUACUGUUCGCCCCGGAGAUGGAGUUGGACCGGCGGCUGCUGCUGUCCCACUGUGCGGUUCACUUCCUCUCGUUCGCGGCGGGACUGCUCGUGGUCGUCCCCAUGGCUCUGAACGGCUCCGCUCUGAAAGGCCGCUGCGCCCUCUUCUCCACCGGCUACUGGAGGACCGAAGACCAGCCCGAGCUGACGGAGGAGCCCCGAGAGUUCAGCCACCUGGUGGUGCAGCAGUGGGGGCCGCUCGCCGCGUGCCAGUUCGUCACGUUCGUGGGCAUUUUCACGGUGCUGUACGGGGCCGCGCAGGGGUGGAGAUGCCUCUUCUAUCUGCACGGGGGGCACGACGACACCCUGUUUUCCUCCUUCCUCACCGUCCUCCUGAGUGUGUGUGUGCUCUUCCUCUCUGGAGGGGCCAGUGUCAUCCUAUUUCUGGGGUUCAGCACCUGGUGUGACACGGUCACUGACUCCCACAGACGACCAUACAGUUGUGCGGAGUCUCAGUCUGUGCCGCUGUACCUGGACGUGAACACGUCAUCGUUCUACACAGAGUUCAGUUUGGCUCAGGUGUCUCUAUGGUGUGUGACAGCUCUAUGGCUGGCUCAGUCCAUCCUGGCCUUCCUGCGACUCUACCACUCUCACAGGCGGCACCUGAGCGGUCCAUGGCUGCACAGAGACAAGGAAAUGCUGCUGGGACACAGUCUGACUGACAGCACCUCCCCUUUGCCAUCCCUUCCUUCAUCCACACCCACUUUAUAUGUGUGAGCAAAGGUGACUGAGGUAGUGGCACAAAAACUCCCAUUCCCCAGCUCUUUAAUCUACAGUAAAAAGCAUCAUUUUAUUCAACCAAUAUUGACAUAAAAACAGCAGUACAUAAAAACCAAAAAAAAAAAGCGUGAGAGAAUGAGGUCAUAACUAAAGGCUCAUGCUUCCUUAUAGAGCAAAAAAAUCAUUCAGUGUAAAGAUUUAUUGAAAUGAAGAUUGAGUUUUGUCAUGAAAUGUUCAUUAUUAGCCAGGCUGGACACUUCAUAAAGUCCCUACAACAAAACAAACUACACAAGUCUGUAAAUGUCGGGAGAAACAGAUUUUUAACACACCCACUUAAAGUUAUCAGAAAAAAGUCUACAUUUUAAGAGAAUUAUAUUGUCAAAAAUGAUUUGAAAUGUUGUAUUUUACAAGAAAAAAGUUAAAUGCUUUUUAGAAAAUAAUUCAACAAAAAUACAUUUGCAUGUCUACCAAAAGAGGUUAAGCAGAUUGAGCAAGAUUUUUGAGCAGCAUGGUGAUCUGAUUUCUCUGAAAUGCUUGCAGCAUGAACAGAUCAUGUUUGACGGUUUUUGUUGAAAUGUUUUAAUUCAAAUCUUGCACUUUACAAAAUAAAUCUUUGUUUAAUCAUAACUUUUUGAAUUAUACAUUUAAAACUCUAUACUUGUAAUAAUGGUACAGCUUGAGGGUAGUAAAUUUCGACUUUUUUCUUAUAAUUUUACAACUUUAAUUAUAUAUUUUCUUUGGAGGCCCUAAUACUCCAUCAUAUAAAAGCAUUCCUUGACAUUUUUUAUUUUUAUUUUUUAUCUCAGUUGUUUGAGAGGAUUAGGAGCAAUCUCUAUUUGUCAUUUCAUAUUUAUCCUUGUAAAUGACAAAAGAAAGACUUAUCAUUGAAGGACUUGAUGAAAAACAUUUAACUGAACAAGUACUGAAAACAAACAAGGUCAAAAUAAAUGUAUAUUAAAACUUGUCUGAAAGGAAACUUCCAUCUUAGCUUAUGCAGAACCUCUCACCUUUAUCUUGGACAAAAGGGAUUUAACUUUAAUACAUUAGAAUAUGUGAUUAAAGAAAACAUUACAACUGCAGUGCUGCAUGUUUGUUUACAUUUCUCCCAGAAUGCACCAUUUUGCACAUUUGUGUACUCAUUGUGGAGAGAUCAACUUUUUGUUUUGUCAUAAUAAGAAAGAGCACUGAGGUGCUUUUAUUGUGAAGCAGAUGAUGAGAGUGACUGGGAAACUGUGGACUCACUGUGUGAGCAGACUUGAACUGUUAGUUGUGGGGAAAAAAACACAGAUGACAUUUUCUGCUCUAGUGAUGAUUUUCAUGAUGAUGCUGUUUGUGCAGAUGCAGCUGCUCUGAGGGCAACAAUGAAGCAAACACGGUUUGAUUUAGCCGAUCUGUUGUAGUUUUUUGUACUGAGAAGUUUGUGAGGAAACCAAUCAGGCCAUGUAAGAAGAAAUAUAUAUUUGACUUUGUUGAGUUUUUAAUGUUUUGAACAGUGACUCAAAGUUUUAAAAAUAUUUUUUUCCUGAUGGCAAAUACCAGAGCAGCUGAAAUGACACGCACACAGUGGAAGUGAAAAUCUGAAGGAAAGAGAAAACUGUUAGUAAUGUUGCAAAUUACAAAACAUUAGCUAAAUGUAUUUGUACUUUUACUUGCUGUGGUUUUGCUCUUUUAUUUUUAUAUGUUCAUAUUUAUCCAUAGUUAUUUUGUGCAUUUGUGCUGUUUGAAAAUAAAAAUUUCCACUAAUGAAA